UUACUUAACCCUUCGUGUGUAUAAUUUCGUCUCCCUCCCUUUCUCGCAGCGUAGCAAUUUUACGCGAGAGGAAUUCCCGACGCGCUCACAGAGUAUCGAAAAUAACUCGGCGGUGAGAGGGUUAAUGUCACUAUCAUCGCGCCGCGAAACGGAAAGUGACGGCCGCCAGGCAGUCGCAGCGGAGUGACAUAAUUGAAGAAGAAAGUGCCAGCGCGAGCCCGUUAUUAACCGGUAAUGAGCGAGUGCCGAGGGGGGAGCAAAGAUGCCUUCGAAAGCAAACGCGCGUCGUGCUCGCUCCGCCACCACGGGGGAUUAAGUGACGCUAAGCUCUCAAGCUCCCAGGCGUCAUCCUGAAAGGGACCGACCGUGAUCUCGCUCGUGAUCAGCCACGUCGCGCCGGCUUGUUCGACAACUGCGUGUUGUUCAUCUCGAUGUUUUCCAAAAUCGUUCGCACGCUGUUCUGAAAUGUGUGAGAUCAUGUCGUCGAACGGCGAAUUCUCGACGAUGUCGAGCGAGGAGGUGCCUUCGCUGCCCAAAUCCCUGCCGAGUUCGAGGGAGGCCACCGCCGAGGGUGGUUCCGGUUCCGGCGGCGGAUACAUGCCGCUGCGGGAGUUUCUGGAUCGAUUCUCCUUACCGAGGGUCGUCAGACUCGAGGGUACUGGCGGCAGGCCCGUGCUCCUGUACAAGCAGCAACAACGAUCGCUGAGAGUCACGGCGAGCCUGCUGAUGCACCGGUACCGGCAUGACGUCAAGGUGGGACCGGAGAUCGUCAUCCCCGAGGGUUAUCCAGGAUGGUUUUCUGUGAUAUCUGGCAAUAACACGACGGGCAGUGCGCGCGUCUAUCGAAGAGUGGAUUCUUUGGUGAAGACGGGGGUGCCUGCCUUUCUGUUGGCGACGCCUCUGAGAGCCUACACGCUGACCCAUUCGAAAAUGGAGAACGGAAAUCUACGGGCCCAUUACACGAAGACGACGAUCCGAGCCGGCGAGAUACUACGGCUCAUAGCGGUCUUCCAAGACACGAGACGGUGCAGUUCGAUCUCCUUCGGUAUUUCCGGCGGGUGUCCAGAGAAGGAUCAGUACGCGCAAUGCAUCGAUCUUCACGGACGAGAGGUAUUCGCCUCGCUGUCGACCCGGGGCGAGUUCUACGCGAUCUGUCAGAGCGGAAGCAUCGAUACUGGAAGCGACGCGGUGCUGUACAAGGUUCACCAUCUCGCCAAGAGACAGUUGCCUCUCAGAGUACGACUGAUCGCGGGACCGCUGCCGGUGCCAUUGCCGAAGGAAUAUGGCGGUCUAAUGCAGCUGGAGACAUCAACGCGGGGUCCAAUCGUGCUGGGCUGCGUCGUGCCCGAAAGACCAGUCUAUAAUCCGGAAAUGCUCGAAUUGGUUGUAUCCGGUAACGGAGCGCCGAGAGUGCGAAGGGCACGAUUGGGCUAUCCUUCGGAAGCAAGAUUGCUGGCCUCCCCGAAAAUGCAACGAUUAUUGUCGGCCUGCAGCCGAACGGUCGGGGAUCGUGCCACGGAACCACGAGUAGCGCCUAUGAAGAUACACACGCCGACCGUGGAGAGCCUAAAGGAGAUGCAUCUGAAGAAGAUCAAGCCGAAACCGGAAACCAAGCCGAUUCUGCAGAGCCUGAAGGACGGGCUGGAACAUUUGAAGCGGAGUACCGCUAAGGAACGAAAUCAACAGACGAAGCAAAGCACCGGGAACGGCAUUUUGGAGAGGAUUUCAAAAUUCACUCAGGGCAACAGGAAUCGCAACCCCGCGAAGAAAUCGGCCUCCUUCACGUUCGCGGUAAGGCCGGAGAUAGCCAUGAGAUCUCAGGAGCGUUAUUCCAGUCUGGAACCAGAAACUACCUCUAAUCAGACUCGCCAGAAUCAAAACGCCAAGCAGCCGGUACAAAGAUCCGUGUCAACCAGUGUAUUGGAGAUACCAUGCGUCGAGCUGCAACCCAACUAUUCUCGCGUAAGAGACAGCCUGACGCCGCUACCGUCGCCUCCGAAGCUGGUCAGGACCAGCAACAAUAAAACUGAGGAGAUUUAUGCCGAGAUCUGCGACACUACGACGGUAAAUCAGGCGCAGAAAUGUCCGGGAAGCCACGUGAUGGCGCGAAUCAGGAUCGUCGUGCAGGGCAAUGACUCUUCCUUGGGAGCACACAGCAUGAUCAGUAGUGAAAGAUAUAUGAACUCGCUGGUAACGAGUGAGCAGAUUGAUUCGAUUAUUAGUACAGAGGAUGAAGUGAUCUAUAAUACUGUAUUUUAAAAUCGGGAUAACGUACAAAAUACGUUUAUAAUGCUCAUGCGCGUAAGCGAGAAAAUUUAGUUGUAAUUCGAGGCAGCGGUAUAUGGACAUUCCUAAAGUAUAGGUAAACCGGCUGUGUUCUAUCCGCUCUCUAUUCGCUGUUUCGAGAUGUAUUAUAUUAUGUAAGAGGAUGAAUUAAGAAAAAUCUUGUAUAAGCAUCUUCGUAGAAAAAUACAGAAAUUUUCUGUACUUACAUAUUUUUGCCAUACGUUAAUGUAAUAACAAUUGGGAUAAAAACAAGUUUUAGAAAUUUUUUAGAAAGACAAAUCGCUCAAUUUACAAAUGUAAGUAUAACUUGCAUUAAAAUAAAAUUUAUCUAAUUUUUGUUUAUUCGUGAUUAUUGUUCAUGAAAGUAAAUAGAAUGAUGUAAAAAAAGAAAACAUUAAUUUUGUUCAUAAACAAAUAUAGAAGUUCAGUAACAAAUAU